GGUGGCAGAUACGGGAGGCGUGGAGGGGACAUGGACAGAAGCCCAGAAUGAAGACAGGCAGUACUGCUGCUGUGCUGUGGCUCCAGCGUCCCAGCUUAGCUUUUCGACAAGGCCAGCGUCCGCUCACUGUUGACAUGUCGCGUUUGGAGGGUCACGACCACACUAAUAAUACAGCAACAGUGCACCAUCUGGUUCACGAUGGGUACGGUGUCUCUUGCUCGACUCCCAGAUGGGCGCUGGCUGGUCGAGUCAUCACAGAGCUCGCUCUCCUAUUGAUUUGCCUUUGCUACCCGUUAAUCAGAGCAGCAGCGGCUUUACAUUACAGACACAAGCAACCAGCCGGCAUCACUGCAGGCACGCACAGUGACAGUACCCAUCAGGAAAAGCAGAAAGAAAAGUUCUUGUGCCGGCACCGGCAGCCUGCAGCAGCUGCGGCGCAGGCUUUCUGCAUUCUGAAUACUAGGGAUAGGGAGUAGUAUUUGGUUGCAGAUUUGCAGGCCUGAACUCCACUGGCUUCCUCAUCCUCGGAUCCCCCACCCUAACGAACCCUUUGACCAUCACCGCUCUGCCACUCUGUUGCAUCGCCGUCCGUCGGUGUCACGGUGUGUCCGUCAAGUCCGUCACCAACCCUCUCCCGAGUCCCAAACAAAGGCCAAAUCCCCGCCCCACUCACACUCCACACCGUGGUCUCGCGCCAUGCCGCGUCUCCCGUAGACAACAAACCACGUCGCGUCCCUCUUCGUCGGCGUCGCGGUGGCGGUCCAGUGAUCACAGCUGGUGCGGAGGGAGCAAGAAACCAGGAAUGGACGCUCCUCCCGCGCCGCCGCCGCCGCCGGGGUCUCCCGCCAUCGAGCGGAAGCUGAGCCCGGGGGUGCUCCUCCUCAUCGCGAUCCUGGCCAUGGUCUUCUUCAUCUUCGGCCUGCUCAACCUGCUGGCGCAGAACCUGCUGCGCCUGCGCCGGGCGCGCCGGCGCCGGCGGGUCGGGGACGCCGCGGCGCCCGACGGCAGCAGCCCCACGGCGUUCCAGGGCCAGCUCCAGCAGCUCUUCCACCUGCACGACGCGGGCGUCGACCAGGCCUUCAUCGACGCGCUGCCCGUCUUCCCCUACCGCGCCGUCGCCGUCGGCCGCCGCGCCGCCAAGGACGCCGACGAGCCGUUCGACUGCGCCGUCUGCCUCUGCGAGUUCGCCGACGACGACAAGCUCCGCCUGCUCCCGACGUGCGGCCACGCGUUCCACGUGCCCUGCAUCGACGCCUGGCUGCUGUCGCACUCCACGUGCCCGCUCUGCCGCGCCAGCAUCCUCGCCCCCCAGGCCGACUACUACUACUCCAGCCCGUCCCCGCCGCCGUCCUUGCUCGUGCCCCACUCGUACGGCCUCGCCGAGACGCCCGCCGACGAGGAUCCGGGAGCCGGAGACGGCGACGAGUCACCCAAGCACGCGGAGGAGGUCGUGGAGGUGAAGCUGGGCAAGCUCCGGUGCUUCGACGGCAAUGCCAGCGCCAGGGACCUGGCGGCGGGCGACGGCACGGGUAGCGGCAACAGCAGUGGCAGGGGAAGCCUCGGGCAGAGGAGGUGCCUGUCCAUGGGAUCCUACGAGUACGUCAUGGACGACCACGCCGCGCUCCGCGUCACCGUCAAGGCAACAACCCCCAAGAGGAGGCCCGCGAGCCCGAGGCCGUCGCGCCGCCGCCACGCGCUGUCGGCGUGCGACCUCGGGUGCCCCAGGAAGGCGGGCGCGUGGGAGACGGCCGUCACGGAGGCCGCCGCGAGCCUCAGCAAGGACAGCUUCUCCACGUCCAAGAUCUGGAUGGCGUCGGCCGCCGGGAGAGAGGAGGACGGCCGCCGGCCCGGCCAGAGACGAGCCGCGUCGUUCCGGUGGCCGGCGAUCGCCUCGAGCGCCUGCAAGUGGCACCGCAGGGACGAGGAACCUUUCGACGUCGAGGCGGGAAGCCCCGGCGGCGACAAUGCCGUCUCGUCUCUGACAGAAGAGAUGCCACCGUCGGUGGCUAGGGCGGCGAUGGUCUGGGUCGCCGGCGGGGGGCACGGGAGCCAUUCGUGAUCCGCAUUUGGUUUGCACGUUGGUUCAAGUUCAACACACUACACACAAGAUUGGAUUUUCUUCUUCUUUUUGUGCUCGUCUGAUUUCUUGUAUGCUUUUGUUUUGUUUUGUUUUGUUUCUUAGAUUGCUUGCUGUAGUGGUCGCAAAGCAAGCAGGAAGCUGUAUAAAAAGGAAAAUACGUGUGUGUAGGUCUGUAGGAGUUGCAUUGGUCUGACUCAAACAUAGCAGAGUAUAAGAGGGAUUCGUUCUCGGUGAUUUGCUUUAGAGGUUGAACAGUGGUGGAGGAGGAACUUGGAAGCCACUCAUGAGCAAUAAAGAAGAGUAGCUGUUCUGGUAGGCCAGGUUGGUCGAGGGUGAUGGAUUUCAAUGAAAAUUCCAGAUCUUGUUAGCAUCUGUGCACCUCGCUGCCUCCUCUUGAUGGAAAGAAAUAAAAAAUCACCCCAGGACACAGAUUUAAAGCUGA